AUGUCACAAUCAAUAUACUAUACUUUCAGGCAAAAUUUGAACUCCGACUUCACCGAUUCAGCGCUUGGAUCAGCAGAAAAAUCCCCUCUUCCCUAUGGGAACUUUCAAUUAAGAGAUUCUACAGUACAGAGCAUUCUCAGGCAUCCUAGAUAUGGGCCAAAAAGUCCUCUGGCUAGCAAUUCAUACACGUAUCUAAAAUUUGGUCUCCCAAGGGUUCUUCCUCCAAGCUCCAGAAACCGAGACGGAUCUAGCGGUUAUGAUUCCAGUGAAGAAGGUCGCAGGGUGUCUCACGCGGGAACGUCCGCGCAUGGGACUUCUGCUAUGAGGUCUGCCAGGAGCGACCCUGACUUUAGACACGUUCACGCUGUUCCUAGAGAACAUGCACAUUCUCAAUUGACUGUUUCGAGGGAGAAUCCCAGGUUGAGGAGUGCCAGUGAGGCAAAUCUUCUUCACGGAGCUAUUCGAACGAAUAGAAGGCAUAGUAUUGCGCCUAUAGAUCCAGGGUACGGUGUCCACGAGCCAAGAGGGCAUGGAAUGCUGGGUCCAGAAAGUUACACAUUACCUCUGAGACCUGUUCCCUGUCUCCAACAUCCUCAUCUUCAGUUACGAGGCGUAGAGGCUUCAGGAUCCGAUGGUCUGCCUCUUCUGCGAGGGAUUACUUUGGAAGCAGGUGCCAACGAGGUGUUGGCCAUUAUGGCUACUACGGAGAAAGAAGGGAAACAGAUCGUGGAAACUAUCGCCGGAAGGAAAAGAAUUAAGAGAGGAGAUAUUUUGCUCAAUGGGAGAUCCGUGUCCUAUAGAACUUUAAGAUCUCGAGUUGCUUAUUUGUCCACGGAGAAUAGUUUAAGUCCAGGCUUAACUGCUCAACAGACACUGAGCUUUUAUAUGCUUCUUAGAGGAGGUCCGAACACGUCCAAAUUGGAAGCCGAUGCAAUUCUCCAGGAACUCGGCCUGGAAGCAACAAAACACUGUCUUGUGAAUUCGUUGACGACUUCUGAAGCAAGAAGACUCGCCCUGGCGUGUCGUUUGUUACAAGAUUCGCAUAUCCUUGCCCUAGACAGGCCAACGCACGGCUUGGACAUUUUCGACGCGUUCUUCUUGGUGGAAUACUUGAGACAGUGGGCCAGUAGAGGUCAACGAUUAGUAGUAUUGACUUUGCAUCCACCUACUUACGAGAUACUAACGAUGGUCUCUAGGGUGGCGCUCACUUCCGGCGGAAGAAUCAUGUACUCUGGCCCUAGGAGGGAUAUGUUGCCAUACUUCGCCCUUGCAGAAUUCCCGUGUCCUCCAUUUAAGAAUCCUUCUGACUACUAUCUUGAUUUAGUUACGCUGGAUGAUCUGUCUGCGGAAGCCAUGUUGGAAUCCUCACAGAGGAUAGAUCACUUAGCCGAGCUUGCAAGGACCAGGUUACCAGCAUUAAGCGAUCCUGGACCACCUGGAACACUCCCUCCUUCCAUUUCCAGUCCCAACAUAUUCUCACAGAUCUACGCGUUACUUCUUAGGACUUUAAUCUACAGUCAACCGUGGACGUUGACCAGAUUACUUAGGAAAAUCGUCAUCUCUGCCUCCUUGAGUAUUUUACUUGGUGCAAUAUUUUGGGAUGUAGCUGGCGACUCGAAUUUACACCUCAGAGACCGAAUCGGCUUUCAUUACGCUAUCUUAGGAAUUUUCUUCUGGCCGCUGACCCUGAUAGCCAUCUGCGAAGUAGCUGACAGCAGACUGAACGUGGAAAGAGAUAUCAAAGAUGGUUUAUAUGGGAGAUUUGUAUAUAUUUUACUGGAGCUCCUUUGUGGAAUAAUAUCUUGGUGCAUAGUCUAUCUGAUUUAUUUGGCACCGAGCUACGCCAUGUCGGGACUUCACUUGGUGCCAGACGAGAAUCUGACUUCCUUGUGGAAUUAUCUCGGAAUCGGUUUACUGUAUUUAAUAUUGCAACAUUUAAUCUGCGUACUGUUUGCUCACACUUGCAAAUGGACAUAUUUGGCUUCUCUGUUUGCCGGCAUUGUGAUUGGGGAAAUGACAUUGGCUGGAGGGGUGACCUUGCACUUGGAGAACUUGCCAGGCUGGUAUCAGAAGAUCAGCCCGAUGCAGUGGUCUCUGUCUUUGUUGUUACCUCCGCUUCAUCAAACAGAGGUCAUGAAUAAAUUGACCAAUUGCAAGCCAAAACAAAUACAAAGGCAAGACAUCAUAGUUCAAGCUGCCUGUGAACCACCUGAUGGUGCUCUGGCAUUGUACGAGAUUGCACUGCACAAGUUCAAUGUAAGAGGAGAACUGUGGCUGGGUAUAGGAAUAACUAUUGUCAGUGUUCUGAUUAUACUAGUAUUCCUGUGCAUUCGAUACACUACUCCCAAGAGACUCAGGAGUGCACCGAACAAACCAUGA